AUGAGUUCCUAUUUUGUAAACUCAACUUUUCCCGUGUCUCUACCGGGAGGACAGGACUCUCUCCUGGGUCAGAUACCGUUAUAUUCCUCGGGAUACACCGAUCCGUUAAGACAUUACUCCAGCGCGGCCACAUAUGGAGCGGCCAACAUGCAGGACAAGGUUUACCCGGCGUCCUACUACCAGCAGACGAGCGCGGCGGCCGCGGCCAUCUACGGGAGGGCCGGCGGCGGAGCGCCCUGCGACUACAACCACGUCGGGACUUUCUACAAGGACGCGGAGGGCUCGUGCGCCUUCUCGAGCCGCGACGACCCGCCGUUGUUCGUCACUCAGGAGCAGCGCAAAGCGGAGUGCCCGGAGCAGCCUGUCAGCAUGGGCAGCAGCCUCGACGACAAGUCCUCCACGCUCAUCUACCCGUGGAUGCAGCGUAUGAACGCCUGCUCCGCCGACACACCACUACAGAUUUCGAGUGCACUCUCAGGUCCAUUUGGCAACAGUGGCCGCAGGGGCCGACAGACCUACACCCGCUACCAGACCCUGGAGCUGGAGAAGGAGUUCCACUUCAACCGCUACCUGACCAGGAGGCGCCGGAUAGAGAUCUCGCACGCCCUGUGUCUCACGGAGAGACAGAUCAAGAUCUGGUUCCAGAACCGCAGGAUGAAGUGGAAAAAGGAGAACAAGCUCCUCAAUCCCUCAAAGACACCCGAGGAAGAGGAGGAGGAGCAGGCGGAGAAAAAGAGCUAAACAAUUUUUAAAAAGGACACUGAAGGAAAGGCAUGUGUGUGUGUGACACUCCCAAAAUAAAAAUGCUGUAUUAUUUCUUUGUAGAUAAAAUGCUGCGAAUCCCAUGUUAGAGACGUGAAGAGCGAUAGGCUUUAUUUCAGUGUGCACGGUGAUCAUGUCUGCAUUAGGUGUAAACAGGUCCUCCUCUUGUCUGUCCUUGUGCUCGUGUCUUUAUUUAGGGGACUAUGCAAAAUCCGCCAAAAUGUACAUAAUUUGUAGUGUUUAGUUUUUUUGGACAUUGUCGUUACCUCAUUCUCGUGAAGGCCUCCUGAGUUUGACUUUGUCCCUCUCUGUGUUAUGUCCUCUUCUACAUCUCGUGGUGUUAGCGCUUCUACUCGUUGUCUUACAGCGGUGCCAUCGAAACUGACAUCUGUACAGACCAGAAAUGUUACAUGUUAUUUAUUAUUGUUCACCUCGUGUUGAAUGCACA